AUGACGAUACGGCACUUCGGUCCCACUCCACCGUCUCUCCUUGACUUCUUGAAGAAAGUUCUUAGAGAAUACGCAGAUGGACAAAUAAUGAAGGAAAUCGUCCAGAAUGCCGAGGACGCUGGUGCCAAGACGGUUCGAUUUCUGUACGACUGCCGCGAACACGGAACAAGUCGCCUGAUUUGGCCGUCUCUCGCCCCUUAUCAAGGCCGGGCUCUGUACGCGUAUAACGACGCCCUCUUCAAGGAGGAAGACUGGGCUGGGAUCCAGAAACCAGCUCGAAGCAACAAGGAAGAUAACCCACUGAAAGUUGGACGAUUCGGCAUCGGAUUCAGCUCCGUCUACCAUCUCACCGAUUUGCCAAGCAUCCUCAGCGGAGACACGCUUGCUUUCAUUGAUCCUCAUGAGCGUCACUUCGGACGUGGAGAAACAGGAACCAAACUGAAUGUGAUCCAGCAUGCCCACAUCUUAAAUUCACCAGAAUAUGUGGAUCAGUUUACCCCGUACAACAACCUGUUCCCUGAAACCACUUACGCCAUCAGUGAUGGGCAAUCCUUUGAUGGAACUGUGUUUCGAUUCCCUAUACGGCAAGAGGGCAGCGAACUCUGUGAAAAUGUGUACGACAACGCCGCUUCGGUACGGCUUCUGGAAUCCUUCGUCGACGAUGCUGACGUCGUACUGCUGUUUCUUCGAUCACUGGAGACAAUCGACAUCAGCAGAAGGAUAGAUCAGGCUCAAACUCAGAUCAGAUCCAGAGUAGAGAUAUGCCCCAAAUCUCUUGCGUUGAUGAAGUCCGAACGAGAGAGCUUCUCCCAUGCAUUAGAAGAAAACAGUAAGAUUAGAAUUGGACAAAGAACGCGAGCCUGUUUGACUCAUCAGCUUACGUUGACUAUGCAGAUCGCAGAAUCCAAACGUCGUAUGGAUUGGAUCGUAAGUCAGGUUGUGGGAGGCAGUGAGAUGACUGACGAUGUAGUGAGUAUCAUUGACAAGAGCGGAUACAUACCUUGGGUCGGUGUCGCCAUGCCUUACAACAUACCGCGUAAAAGACGAGAUGAUUUCAGCGGUCGAGUGUUCUGUUUCCUCCCAUUGCCUCCCGGUGAUGAGAGCUUGACAGGACUUCCAGUUCAUAUCCAUGGUUUCUUCGGUGUUAACAGUGACAGAAGAUCAAUCAAGUGGCCUGGUGCUGACCGGGUGCAAGGGGAUAUCGAUGCGAAAUGGAACUUCUUACUGGUGACACAACUCCUACCAGAUGCAUACAUGAACAUGCUGACUUUUGCCAUCGAAGAGCGGAGGUUGCCUCCCGAUGAAAUCUACAGAGCUUGGCCAGACCCAGGUCAGGUCAGACCACAGUGGAAAUUGCUUCUUAAACAGUUAUACCAAUUGCUGAGCAAACAUACAGUCAUCUACACAAAGAAGGGCAAUGAGAUGGGUUCGUGGGUUAAGAUCCAGGAUGCUGUCUUCAACUUCUUGACCGAUGUAGACGAGAACACAGAACGGAUCCUCUUGACUGUCCUCAAAGCGGCUAAUGUCCCUGUAGCUGAAAUACCUCAACACAUCAAGAAAAUCAUCCAAAGCAAAGACUACAUCAACUUCAACGCCAAAGUGAUCUCACCUGAAGUCAUCAUUGAUUGCAUUCACAAGAGUCAACACGGAGUCCUGGAGACCCUGAGCAGCGAUGACAAGCUGGUUUUACUAGAGUACAUCAUGGCCAGGACGAAGACCCCUCGACUAAUCGGUUUAAGGCUUCUGCCUUUAGCCAACGGCGACUUUGUGCCAUUCUCCACAAGAUCUGCCUCAACGCGGACUGUCUUCAUACCCACCAGGGAACUUGAGCAGAGCAUGUGCUACAACAUGGGUAACAGUCUCAUCCAGCCAAACCUCAAUGUUGCAGAGCGGCAAUCUGGUGAAGUAGUCCUUGCUUUCCUUAAAAAGAAUUCAACAUGCAUCAGCCAGAGUUAUGGCUCAGACAAGUUUGAUCGUCCAGAGGAGGUGCUUCUUACCAAGAUUGGCCUCGUCGUCUGUUCUUGUCCUACAUUUAUAGACACUGCUCUGCUCAAAAGUGAGAGUUACCUCAGAAUCCCAUCGAGGAAGGGUGUAAUUGGAGCACUGAGAGCAGUACCGAAUCCAAAAUCGCUACAGGACACUAUCAAGAGACUUUCCAAGAACGACAGACAAUUAUUGGUAAGAUUCUUCACAAGCUGUUCUCUCACCGAUGCAGAAAGAGACUUCCUUCGUCAAAUUCCGCUCUUCGAUACAAUUCCAAGAACUCCAUCAGGCCAAGGUAGAGUUGUGUCUGCAAGUGAUGUCAGUUUUGCUUGUUGUCGGACUUCUACAGAUCAACUGCCAAUACAUCACCUUCCGGAGUAUGAUAUGAUUUGCUGCAAUGACGACUCCAUUCUGAAGCUCUUUUCAGAUUUAGGGGUGAUUCAGAAACAAAGGAAGGAGUUGUUGGAAGACAUUGUCAAUGCUUUUUGCAGUGACGUCAGUGACAAGACUAUACUUGAGGAUGUAGGAAUGUGGAUAUUGCGAGAUUUAAAAUCUAUCAAACAAGAUAUUGGCAACCAUCAGUUCAAGCUAAAGUCACAAGGAUUUAUCCUUACCGGUGAAGGUGAGCUCAAAUCUCCUGACAGUCUCUUUGACCCAGAAGACCAGUACAUGUCAGCGCUCUUCAGCAAAGGUUCUUUUCCGUCUGCGAGAUAUGCAAAUGAAGGGCUCUUGGGAUCAUUACGAGAGCUUGGUUUUCGUCACCGAAGUAAUGUCACAGCAACUGAAUUAGCCAGGUCAGUUGUAGAGAUAGCCAGCGAGAACAACGUCAAGAAAGCACAUGACUUAAUGUCAUUCUUGGGAGAAUAUCCAAACAAGCUAAAGGAAUCUUUGGCCGGAGAAAAUAAUCAAACUUUACAGCAGUUCUUGGCAGACAAAAGAUGCAUCCCAUGUCUUAUAAAGAGUCCGGCUUUCUACCCUCAAGGCAUUCCAUGGUACAGGUCAGAGAGAAAAAUGAUCAGUCCAACCGAAACUGUGCUCCAUACCAAGGUUAACAUACUAGCUUCUGGUGCAACCAUGCCAUUUCCCAAGAAGACUAUUCCACACACCCUCCUGCGUAGUCUAGGAGUAAAGGAACAUCCCAUCAUCGAAAAUAUCCUUGAACAGAUGGCUGUAGUUUCGAAAUAUCAUGGCAUUUUGGGAACCUCUGAUAGUUCAAGGAAACUAGAGAAGAUGGUUCAUGGUUUGUACAGCUUGCUUUCAAAUGCACAAAAAGAAGAGGAAGUGAUACAAAAGCUGAAAUCACGCUUACCUGCAUGCAUUUGGACCGAAACAGGAUUUGUGGAUAUUCAUUGGGCAAUCCUGUCAAGCCGUGAAAAUGCUUUCCACCCUUACGUUUCUUGCAUACCUCAAGAAUUCAGCACCAAGUAUGAACGCCUUUUCCUAGCUCUUGGAGUCGAGAAAUGUAUAUCAGAAAUGCAGAUUCAUGAGAUCAUUAUUCAGAUUCAGAAGAGCGAGCCAAAGUUGGGUUCUGUGGAAAAACGGAUGACAUUCUGCAAAGAAAACAAACGUGUAGUGCAAAAGGCACUAAUUCUCUUGGCGGAAAUCUGCAAAGGUGACCUUUCCCAAAACAUUCUAGUACCAACCAACGAGGAAAAUUUCCUGGAAUUGGUUGACCCUAAGUGCUGUGUUUUUGAGGACGUCGAGGGUCACGGAGAUUCCGAUGAAGUUCAAGAGAAGCUGAAUGAAGACAACACCUUCAUCGUUGAUGGGACACUGCCUAUAGGCAUUGUUCGCGCUUUGGGAAUUCUACCCCUUGGCCGGAAGAUUCUUGCCGCCGAAGAUUUGACUUGGAUAGAACAAGCAGGUCAGUAUGAACCACUUACCACAAGAAUAAAGAACAUCAUUAAAGAUAGCUACCUGGAGAGUUCAAUCCCGAAAGAAAUGAUUCAAAAUGCAGAAGACGCAGGAGCAACAAAGGUGCACUUCAUGUUGGACCUUCGGGAAAAUUCCGGAGCACGAUCAAGCUUGUUUGACAAGGGCAUGGGUGAUUGUCAAGGGCCAGCUAUGUGGGUGUUCAAUGAUGCAUCGUUUACACCCGAUGAUUUUCAGAACAUUACCAAGCUUGGUGGUGCAACAAAAGGACUUGACACGUCUAAGAUCGGACGCUUUGGGAUUGGCUUCAACUCUGUUUACCAUCUGACAGAUGUACCCAGCUUCCUGAGUAGAGAGUACUUGCAGGUAUUUGAUCCACAUGCAACUCAUCUUGGAUCCAUGCUAAAAAGCAAAGACAGUCCCGGUAUCAGGAUAAAUCUGCAAGGGAAGAACAAUGCCAUUUCCAUGUACAAAGACCAAUUUGCGCCAUACGAAGGUGUUUUCAAUUGUAGUCUGCAAGAAAGCAAAGGAAAUGUUGACUACGAUGGUACACUAUUCCGGUUGCCUCUUCGCUCAAGACAUGCGGCAUUGAGAGGUGAGAUCUCUGACGAACAUUACGAUGAAGAUAAGUGCAAAUCACUACUCAUUGAUCUGUGGCGCUCUUCUGAAGAUUUAUUGGUAUUUACCAAAAAUAUUCAUGAAGUCAAGGCUUUUGUGCUACUACCUAAUGCAAAUCAUCCAUCAGAAUCCAGCCAACUGUUCGCAAUUGAGAAAGAGUCUGCGGACAAUCGUGAUAUCAUGGCAGAAUUCAAGCAGAGUACAGGGGAUGUCAAAAAAAAGAAUAAAAUCACACCUUUGAUCAAACAAGAAUGUGUCGUGCCAAGCAUAACUCCCUAUGGAAAUAAAUAUCUUCAGAUUCAAGAGGAGCCGAGAAAACACAAGCUGAUGUCAGUUACGAGCGUAGGAAAAACGUCAACACACAAGAUGUGGCAAACACCACAAGGACAAAAAUCGGGAUUGGCUCCUGUAGGUGGCGUGGCAGUAAAAUUACCGUUUUCUGGGAGAGUAGACGGUAAACUCUACAAUGGCUUGCCUCUCUCAGUUCCACAAAGUCACUUACCUUGCCAUUGUAAUGGAUUCUUUGCCACCUCCGCCGACCGUCGAAAUCUCUGGAAACCCUCGAGUGACUCAGAUUCAAACUACUUCACGAGAUGGAAUGAUGCUGUUUUCGAAGAUAUCAUAUCAAAGGCCUAUGUGACUCUGCUGGCAAAUAAGGAAUUUCAGUGUCAGGUAGGACAAAUGCCGAACAAAGUACGCAUAUCAGGCGUAAAUACUUCCCCAGACAACUUCUACAGGUUGUGGCCUAAUGGAUCCAAAAUUACCCAAGGCAGUGAUGGUUAUGCCAUGCUAAAGGGAUUCUACAACAUAUUGGUAGCCUCUGAUUCACGUGACCCAAAGAUAUUCUGGGAAGGAGACAGGACAUGGUCAUUCAAAGAGACCGUCUUUAUUGAUCCAGUACUUCAAGAAUCACCACACGUUGCUUCAGCAGUAAAGAAGGUCCUUCAAAGGCAACACAAGAAGCUAAUAGUCACAGAGAUGCCAAAGAAGAUACGAUCUACUCUAGAAAGGAUGGGAUUAGGGGAGCAAUUGAAGAGACGUACGUGUUUGCAGCAUCCAUUCUUCAAGAAAUAUUUUCUGCCACAUAUAUCUGUCAUUCCAUCUGAGGUACGAGAUCAUCUGAUUCACUACUGUUUGUCGAACGUUGAACUACGGGAGACAUUGAGAACCAUCGCAUGUAUUCCAACUUCACCAGAUGGUAAGAACUUGAAGAGGCCAUCGGAAUUGGUACACCCGACUGGAAAAGCAAGUAUCCUUUUCGCAGAGGAAGAUAGACGGUUUCCUUACGGCAGCUUUGCUGAUUGGGACUGCUUGCAUUUUCUGGUGGAAUUGGGAAUGGAUCAAGAUGACAUAUCCGGCACCGAUUUCAUCAAAUGUGUACAGAAAUUGCCGAGCAAACCUUUUGAUCAUGAACUAGUCGAUUACCUCACUUACAGACUGAAGAAAGAGAAUUCUUCAUGGGCUAAGGACCAAAGCCUUCAAAAUCAACUGAAGAACAUAGCCUUCAUUCCAGUCACCUACAGGAAUUCCUCUGUGAGAAAAGCUUCACGUGAUACCAUAUAUGUGUCCGAAAAACUGUCACUGGUCAGCGAAGUUGCCCCGGUACUAGACGAAAGUAAAAUGUGGAUUCCCUAUCAGGUUAAGACAUUUCUUGGGAUAGUCCAAGAUCCAGAAGUGGAUGUUGUAUUACAGCAACUUCAAUCCAUCAGCAGUAGACCAGAAAAUGUUGCAAGCCUUCCAAGUGUUUGCCAAGAAAUCUAUAGAUUCCUUGACUUACGAGUGAAGAAAGGUAAUGGCAUAGCCCAGAUUCAAGAAUUCUUCCACUCACCUUCCACAAAGAAGUGUCUAUUGGUUGACAAAAUGUUCAGGAGUGCUGAUCAUCUGGCAUUGGAAUUUGAAGAAGAGUGUGUUGGAUCUCACCUGUGUCGUGUCCCCUCCAAUUUGCGUGGCUUCGAAGCCCUCUUAUCAACCCUCCAUAUGAAAAGAAGAUUCUCAACACACGACUUCUUGUCCACUCUGAAGUGCAUCCAUGGCUCAACUUCCGGAACAUUGAACGAAAGUGAGUUUGGAGAAGUUAUGAAACUCCUGAAAUGUCUGAUCAAUGCUGCCUCGGCAAAUCCGUUGGCAAUGCACGAUGUGCCUCCUAACGAUAUAUAUGUUCCCGAUAGCAACAGCUACCUGAGAACCGCUAAUGAGCUCUCUUUCUGCGACGUAGACUGGAUUUCAGUUCCAGAUGAUGUCAUAACAGCUCACGGUGAUAUCCCUCUUACUUGGGCGAAGAUACUUGGAGUGCGGGAUAUUCGACAACACAUCCUCGAAAGCUACUCCGUGUCUGUCCCUGGCCUAAACACACUCGAUUCACAGAAUCUGUUGCAAUUUGGACAGCGUGAACCCCUGACAGAAAGAAUAAAAAACAUACUCGAGGGCUACCCCUGUGAUGAUACAAUACUGAAAGAACUUGUGCAGAAUGCGGAUGAUUCCUGUGCCACGGAAGUGCAUUUAGUUCUUGAUGUCCGUACCCAUCCAAAAGACCGCCUCUUUAGAGAUGAAAUGUCUCAUUUGCAAGGGCCUGCUCUCUGUAUAUACAACAAUAAAGCAUUUUCUGAUGCUGACAUAGAGGGCAUUCAAAGACUAGGAGUGGGUAGCAAAAGGAACCUGUCGUCAAAGGUUGGAAGAUUUGGUGUAGGCUUCAACGCGGCUUAUCACUUAACCGACUGCCCAAGCUUCUACACAAACGGCGAUACGCUAGGAAUGUUUGAUCCAAAUGUAAAGUAUGUACCUAACGCUACUUUAGCGUAUCCAGGCUUCAUGGCCAAACCAACAGGCAAACUGAAGGACGAUUUCCCGAACGUUUUCAACUGCUAUCUGCCUGAGUUCUUUGAAGGACAGGGUUCAACUAUGUUCCGAUUGCCCUUACGUACAGAAUCCAUGGCAAAGGUGUCUAGCAUCUCUUCGGAGGCACAUGAUGUUGACAGCGUAAAGGGACUGAUGCAGAAAUUCAAGAAAGGUCUACCUGACCUGCUCCUUUUCCUUAACCACGUUAAAAAGGUCAGUAUAUCCAUCAUUGAUGAAAUGGGAAACAUGAAAGAUACCUCAAGUGUCCAGGCAAGCAUCUCAGAAUCGAAGCAACUAGAUUUAGAAGCAUUUCUUGCCACAAUAUCGGCUGAAGAAACUGAUCCAGUGACUGGGAUCUCAAAGUCCCUUGAAGACAUUCCAGUAGCAGAAGUACAUUACGAUAUGAGAGUCACUGUAACAGAACAACGAGCGAAGAGCGUGAAGACGCAAUCAGACGACUGGCUUAUCUAUCAGCAGCAUGGUUUUGCCAAACCAAAGGAAGUCCCUGAUACUGUGUUAGAUGCAUAUAAUAGAGGAGAUCUGCCUGUCUUGCCACAGGGCGGAGUCGCGCUACCUUUGGGUAAACGACCAGUUUCAUCGAAGGCAUACAGUUUCCUUCCACUUCCUAUAGACACUGGCCUCCCUGUCCAUGUAAAUGGCUCUUUUGAGUUAGAUGAACAAAGGCGGGACAUUUGGAGAGAUAAAGAAGACGUCCAGGCACAAUGGAAUCGUCAAAUCAUGAAGCAGAUCGUUUCACCUGCAUAUGUUAAGGCACUUUGUUGUUUUCAGGCUGAAAAAAUGACUCACAUCGAAGAAUCAAAGGACGAAUCUGAAAUGCAAGACAUUGUAUCGUCAUAUACUUCGUUUCUUCCUGUUACAGCAGAGAACAGUUUCUGGAAAGAACUCAUAGAAGACAUUUACAGAACCAUUGCCGACUCCGCCCAGCCAAUGUUCCCUUCGAUUAGGCGUAGUGUAUCUUACAACAGAGAUGGUGAUAGCACAGAUGGAGUCAACAACAUAAGAACUCUAGAAUGGAGGACACCACUUGCAGAAUCUCAAGUGCAAGGCUUCUUUGACUCUCCAAUCGGAACUGAUCGGAACCUUAGGUCGGUUGUGUCAGAUCUUGGAUUUCCUCUAAUUGAAUGCUCUCAGAAUGUGCAAACAAUAUUUUCAGACAGCUUGCAUGAUUCUAGAAAAGGGGAUAUUCUUGAAAUCACUCCUGCUAGUUUGAUCAGUCAUCUCUCAAGCCAGGCAGUUGAAGAUGUAGGAUUGGCUCAAAUGAAACUACCGAAGCAAAUUUCUGACACGGUUAUACAUGAUAAAGCCACUUUGGGGGUCAUUUUGAACUACUGCUCACAAUGUGAUAACUUCAAAGACAACGUCGAGGGUCUUCCUCUUCUAGCAACAUCAGAUGGAAUUCUAAGAACGUUCUCAACUGAAACUCCGGUAUACAUUACCGAGUUUGACGACCUCUUUCCAUCCAGUAGAAGCAAAUUCCUGGAUAGAUCGAUAAGAAAAUACUUCAAUGAGGAUUUUGAUGUGAUCUGCCAUUUUGACAUUCCAUGUGUUGCUUCUUUGAUGAGGGAGGAAUUAUGUCCUAUCAAAUUCGAAUGCGACCAAUAUGUUCAGUGGGACAAGACUGAACCGACAGAGAAGUGGAUCACCAGACUAUGGGAAUGUCUUGCUACAUGCAGAAAUCCUGAUGAUGAGUUAACGUGUCUUUCGAAGUGGAGCAUUCUUCCGUGCCGCAAGAAUGGAGAAAUGGGUAUAACCCACCACCUGGUACCAUUGUCAAAAGCUACUUCUGUGAUGUGUAAGCUAAGUGAUAUGUCCCAUAUACUUGCGGCUUUGAGUUCACUCAGGGUUUCUGAAGUUGAUCAGAGUCUAGACUUUGAGGAAGCAGAACAACUUAUCACUAAGAUUGUCGCCCACGAGGAUCGACCAGAUGCAGUGCUUGCAGUAUUCGAUCAUGUCAUUCAAACAAACGCCAGUCUUUUCGAUAGGUUGACACCCGCCCAGCGUGACCAUAUCCUGCAAUACUUGACAACCCAUAUGCCAGAGAGACUGGUGGAAAAUGUCGACAACAGACGGAUCAUUAUGAAUCUCCCUUGCUUUGAACAGUUAGACGGGACGUACGUUUCACUUUCAAACACGUCCACUAUCUAUGUGGUAAGAGCGGAUCUACCUCGUGAAGAGAUGACAAAGUGGAUGGCUGAAUAUAAUGAAGUCUUCCUAUGUGAAGAUGUCGGCUUGAAAGAACUUUUCGAGGCAAUUGGUUGUGAUUUCAUAUCUGAGUACGACACCCUGUCCAAGUUCAUCUUUCCCAACUUUCACUUGUUGUCCUCGGAGAUACGGCUAAAACAUCUUGAAAACCUCUAUCAACACAGAUACCGAAUAGGAAGGAUAGAUAAGUGUAUGAAACUCAGAGACUACCCUUUACUGGAAGACAACGACGGUGAAUUGAAAGUUGGCAGAGAAUUCUUCGACCGAGGAAACAAAGUGUUUGCGAAAAUGCUCACAGAGGGUAAAUUUCCUUCGGAAAAAAUCAUCGAGAGGCUUCAACCUUCCUUCUUGCAUGAAUUUGGUGUUCAAGCAGAAGUUACAGCAGAAAUGUUUCUUGGAUUUGCAAAAGAAUUGUCAACAAAUCUUAGGAACGAAAGAAAAAAAAGAAAGAAAAGAAAAAUGCUAGCUGAACAAUCAGAAACACUCGUGGAAGAACUGUUUCGGAACUGCAACCUUCUCAAGAAUGACUCAUUUCUUAACAGUGUCAAAUUUAUUGACUUCAUGAUCCCCGAUACCCCAAAAAUGAGUUUAAAGAAACUACAUCCCUAUCAUAUGGAUGUGAAUAUGGGAGUAAGAUUCAACUCAUCAAGUUUGCAUGUGAAUGCUCAUAUUGUGUGGUGCUCAAUGAGGCUCCUACCGGAAUACCUUUCCAGCAUGAGCCUUACAUGCCAUCAUGAGAAGGAUUCUAUCCUAGAAAAGCUUGGUGUGGUGAGGAAACCAAUCAUUGAAAGCGUCAUUGAGAAUACGAGCAAGAUGUGUUGCAGGGUUCAUGAUCAAGGGAACCAAACAGACUUUCAGGUAUUGGCCAAAGUCAUGGAUAAGACCUACAGAUUCUUGAAUUCAGCUUGUGAACGUAAUACGGAUCAGCGUUGCAGUGAUCGCACGAAUAGAUGCAGAUCUUGUCAAUUGAUGAGCGAAAAGCUGUCGGACGUACCUUGCGUGGUCAUUCAAAGUGUUCCCUCCCUGGUCAGACCUACCCUAAUAUACGGACAGUUUUGCGGAGACCUCUUCCAACCUCACCUUUACCAACUGCCUGACAGUUUGAUCCAUUACAGCAAGCUGCUGUACAGUCUUGGAUCCACACGGACUCCAUCAUUUCCUCAGUUGACGACAGUACUUAAUGGACUUGCAAGUCACAGUAUGAAAGAAAUGAAAAAUCCCAACAUGCUCAAGGCCAUUAUAGCUGCAUCUAAGUUGUUCUUUCAGCAAAUUGAGUCCUUGACAUCAGGCACCAAACUGACAACGGCGAUCUUACAAGCUGAUUUGGAAGGUAUUCAGAUUGUGCAUCUUCCUGCUUCAUCAAAGGGGAAAAUGUUGCCCUCGACAGAAAUCUUCAUCAAAGAUGAAACUGUUCGUACCAAACGCCUUGUAGAAUCCAAUGUACCGUUUCUGCCAGAUGAAGUUACAAAGCUGCUCACAAAUGUCCAUACAAUGGUGGACUCCAUGCCAACACAUCUAAAGCCAAGAUCUGUCAAGGCUUGUGUGACCGAGAAAGUCGACAUAUCAGCAAGGUGUCUGUAUCAGAAGGUUGGUCAGUGUAAAUUCGAUACCAGACUAAAUGGUCUUAUGACUUCAAAUGAAUUUGAUGAAGCUAUACAACGUUUGCUUGAAGUAGGGAGUGAUACUGACGUCAAUGCUGAUCACCCACGUAUUGACAAGCUUAAGAAGCUAAGACUACAGUGCAUGGCUGAGUUAUCCACCUCAUUGUUCAUUGAUGGGAGGAGGAUUGAAGGUAGUGAAGCAAAAUUACGUUACCACAUGAGUUAUAACGACGUUGAUGCAGAAAAGGCAUGUAUAAGAGUUGUGCAUACCGAGGACAAUGAGCGUUCAGCAUACAUGAAAGUCGUAAAGGGUAUUGCACAAGCCAUAUUACGCCAUGUAGGUGGCAUUGGUCAGAAGCAUCUUCCUUUCCUAGUGGACAUGUUGUCGGCGGAUCUACCACGUGAGAUUCCCAAACUCCUUCGUAGUUACAAGCUGAUUAGAAGAGACGGACGAGCUAACGAGCAUGAUGAAGGAUUGGCUCCACCAAAGCUAGGUUCCAGAAUUCCAAGUGAUAUCUUACAUCUGCUGGAGCAAGAUCCCUACCUCGGUUUCUUCAAAGGGGAAUACGUGGCGUAUCAGAUCAACACGGACAUUGAUAUACACGUUAUCCCUAUUCAUGUCUACUCCCAAGUACUAGAUGUUCCUGAAAAUCUCCUUUCUCCUCUCCGCAACAAAUACCUUAUCGACAUAGGAGAGGAAGAUCCUGUGUGGGUUAGUGGAUUGGAUCUAUUCAAAUUCUUGAUGCUGGAAGAGUCUGUGGAUACUGGCAUGACAAUAAUGGUGUACUGUCAUUCAUCUGAUGGCCAAGGACCAGAGGGCCCAGCUACACCAGAGACUCCACCUACAACAGAAGUUCCUCCCCGAACAGAGGUUCCACCUAAACCACAGCCUUAUCCCAAGAACAUUGAAGAAGCCAAACAACAGGUUACUGAUCAACUGGAAGAAAUAUGGGAACUUGAUAAAGACGAACGAAAGAAAGCAGUCAAACGGAUAUGGUUGGGAUUGCAUCCAGACAAUCAUCCUCCAGAAAGAAAACACCUUGCUACUAAAGUCCUCAAUCAUUUGCAAAAUGAAAUUGAGCGCCUAAAAGCUGGGAGAAGACGCACUGGACAGGCUUGGGAGAGUCGGGGAUCUUCAGGCGAUUUCUUCGACGAUGCCUUCUAUGAAUUUAUGAGAAACUGGGCAAGGCAGGUAGGAAGGAGGAGAGAAACUUACCACAGGAGCUACAGAGAUCGGGGAUAUUUCGGUAAUGCAAGAUCUAGGCCUUGUCCUCCUUCAUUCGACGAUACACCUGAACCCGAUAUGCCAAGAGCCUCAACUUGGUUUAAACAAGCUACAUCAGACCUGGCAGCAUCCUCUAAUGAUCUUGGAAAAGAAGCUAACGAAUGGGUGUGCUUCAAGAGUUACCAUGCAGCGGAGAAGGCCUUGAAAGCAGCUCAGUUUGCCUCACGUGGGACUUCUAACCCCUCGCACAACCUGGAUGUCCUCGUGACUGAUUUGGAGGGUCACUUCCGUAACCAGACCGUCACUGACCGCGCUCGUCAACUGAACAUACUGGUCGAUGUGAACGACUGUAUGUAUCCAGGGGCAAGUAUAUUUCCACACAGAGUCCCAUGUGAACGGUUCUCCCAGUCCGAUGCAGAGAGCGCCAGGCAAUGUGCUAGUGACAUCGUAGAAGAAAUCCGAAAGCAUUUGAAAUUCUAG